GACGCGUCCUGCUUCAUUCAGUAAGCGGCUCUGCGUGUGUUAUCAUAAACGCCUCGGUGCUCGGAGUCAAGGCGGCGAUCAUCCCCGGGAUUACUACCGAAGCAUAACACCGGGAAGGACUAAAGCUUGCUUAGAAACAGCGCUUUUGACACUUUGUUAUUGGACAUAGCUUGGACAAACAUUCAACAGAGCGCAAUGUGUGAUCUCAGUAUGGACCAAGUGACCCCUCUGUCAACGGGUUAUCGAUGCCUGAAGAGGCAGGUAGCUUUGGAGCUAUUCGAAGACCCUAUGUCUCUCUUUUCUGGGUUUUACCCAUUAGUGCAGGAGGAGCAGGCGGCUCAGGAAGUCCCGUCAGGUUUCGACUGUGCUCCACAAGACCUAGGACCAUGCUCUGUACCACUUUUGACUCCCUGCAGCAAAGCAGUGAUGAGCCAGGCUCUAAAAGACAGUUUCAAUGGUUUCAGGAAAGUCCAAUGCAUCUGGGGCAUCUCUAACAACCCCAGGAAAUGGAACAAGCAGCAUGUCCAACAGUGGCUGCACUGGGUUUCUGAUGAGUUCAGCCUCACCAACGUGAACUUCUUCAAGUUCGAUAUGAGCGGCCAGGAGUUGUGUGACCUGGGGAAAGAUGGUUUCUUGGAUCUAGCUCCAGAUUUCGUGGGCGAUAUUCUUUGGGAGCAUCUUGAACAGAUGAUGAGAGGUUCCAGUGUGGAGGACAAACAGUAUGUACUGCAGGCAUCAGACAGCACAAGUAGCCUUUUGCGGGAGCUAUUUGAGGCCCCAGAUAGUUCUGCCCCUCUGAUAUCUGGGCCAGACUUCUCCAUGUUCCCCAAACCUCAGCUGAGUACGGUGAAUGUUAGUUGCAUCAGCCAGGAAUUCCCGAAUGGCAAAGCCCAGUCGCGCUUUAACACACACUUCUCAUCCCAUGAGCAGACCUCUAUUGAGAGUGUGGACAGUGUGGAGGGAUCUGAGCGUGUCCUGCACUCAUGGGGCAGUCAGUCAUCCUUGGCCGACACCCAGCGUGUGCCAUCUUAUGACAGUUUUGAUGACGAGUACAGCGCAGUGCCGCUGAGCCUGGGCAAACAGGGCCGGUCCUUCAAAGACUAUGUACAGGAGAGAAACGAGCCGCUGGAGCAGGGCAAGCCUGUCAUUCCUGCUGCAGUGCUUGCUGGAUUCACCGGAAGUGGCCCUAUCCAGCUGUGGCAGUUUCUGCUGGAGCUGCUGACUGAUACAACCUGCCAGGGCAUCAUUAGCUGGACUGGAGAUGGCUGGGAGUUCAAACUCACCGACCCUGAUGAGGUGGCACGUCGCUGGGGCCGCCGCAAGAACAAGCCCAAGAUGAACUACGAGAAGCUCAGCCGUGGCCUUCGCUACUACUAUGACAAGAACAUUAUCCACAAAACAGCUGGCAAGCGCUACGUGUACCGCUUUGUUUGCGACCUGCAAAACCUCCUGGGCUACGCUGCCGAAGAGUUGCACGGCAUGCUAGGAGUUCAGCCUGACACUGAGGACUGAACUAAGCAAAUGCCUCUAGGAGGUGUGUUUAAUAGAGAAGGGGAAGUGUCCCAUGUUGUCCACUGUUACAGUCGGGCUCUUUAAAGUUCCUUGUCCUGAAUGACGGAGCUGCAUUUGAAGCCUCUGCACCAGAAAAGGUGCGAUUUUCUCGGCUUUGUCUGGAGCACAACACGGCUCUGGAUAUUUACGAUUGCCACAUUUGAGUGAGACAGAACUUCUGCAAAAUGACAGUUUCAUCCUUUAUAAGCUACACAGAUAUGAAAUUCUCUUUAAAAAAACGCUGUGCUAUUUUUCUACCAGCAGAGCUGAUUGUUCAGAGUUUGUCAGGAAUGUGUUUAGGCUAAACGAGAACAGUAUGGAGAGGCUUUUACAGAAUAUUUUUAUGUUGGCAGAGCAAACAGAGUGCCUGGGUAGCACACUGUAUUGAGACUGUUGUUUAUAUAACAAAUGCUGUUGCCUUUACAGAAUUGCUAAGUGCUUUAAAUGCCAGUCUUGCACGUUUCCUCUGUUACUAGCGAGGCAUCGCGCAUAUCAGCCAAGUACAAAACAGUAGGUCUGUGUAUGUGGUGUUUUUUUUUUUUGUUUGUUUUUUUUUUUUUCUUUUUUUUUUUGUCUUUUGCAGUUUUACGCAGAUCUUUAUUUUGAAUAGACCAUGAUUGUAAAUAAAAUAGUCUAAUUUAUUUAAAUGCUUUUGAUUGCAGUUGCUUGACUGGGCACAUUUUGUAUCCGGGUACAUUUUUUUGUUUUUGCAAAGGCCAAAGUGACAUUCCAGUGUCAGAAUUUAAUUUUAUUACAGAUUGUCAAUAAUCUUGCAUUAAGGUUCAUUGGUAGACAAAACACCAGUAAAAUUUGUCUACAAGGAUUUAUAUCAGAGUUUGAAACAGCAACAGAAUGUUUCCUUUUUUUUUUUUAAAUAUAAAUUAAACUGUAUUGUACCUUCUAUCAACAUCUGUUAUUUGCUAUAAGCUUUAUUUAUCUUUUUUAUGUCAGUAUUUAUUUAUUGAAAUCAAAGCCAUAUAGGCACUCAGAGGAUUCUACAACUCUUGAUUUUUUUUUUAUAUAUAUUUUUGUUGUUGUUAGUUCUCAUAUGUACAUAGUAUUUUGAUAACUACAAUUGUGUUGGAUGUAUUUAAUUACUGCUCUUACCAUUACUGGAUAUUAACUGGAAAAGGGAAAUGAUAUGAUGGGAUCAUAUAAUUUGAUAAUAAUCAGAUUUGAAAAUGUAAACAAUCAGAAAAUGACAGUCAUGAAGGGGCUCAUGUCCCAACCUUAACUAUACACAAGGUAUGUAUGUUUAUACAAAGGCGAACUGAAGAUGUGUUGCUAUUUGAACUUGUUUUGUGAAACUGUUUAACCAUAAACAAAUAUUUUUGUCUUGUAUGUUUAUAAAAUUAUUUUUCUACAUAAACCCUUUGUGUUAUGUUGUUUUGCAAUAUUUUAUGGGUUGUGUACUUUUUCUGGUACAAUGUGUUAAAUAUGGCAUUAGAGAAACCGAGAGUAAGGGAAAUAAAUAGCAAUAUGGUGCCACCAGCUCAUUGAAAUAGUGCAAAAUGGGACAGAUAAAAAGUUUUUUAAUGAUCGGAUUUAAUCCUAGAGUUAAUCUGUAUAAUAAACGUGAUUAUGGGAAAACAGGCAAAGACGGGGAUAAACGAGAGACAAAAAAGAGGCAAACCCUCAGUGACGAAAUCGGGAUGUUGAAUGAACAGAGAUUGCACCUAACUACUGAACAGAAUGUUAAUUGGAAUAAAACUGUACUCUUUUUUUAUUAUUAUUAUUAAUAAUUUAUUUUUUAGCACAAAACCUACGGUUGUUGCAGACUUUACUCACUGAUGUAAAAAUUACUUUAUAGUGCAUUCUUAGCAGUCCAAACACAUGUAUCACUCUGGUGACACUUUUGUGCUGUUGUAAAAUAAAAUGUUUAAAAACCUUUA